AAUUCAAAUCUGGCAACUGACAAAUUCAGUUUCAUUCUGUAAUGUUUAUUUUUUCUUGAUCAUUGUUUUCCUAUUUAGGUUGUCGUCUUCAAAUAAAUUUGCGAAACAAUUUGUUUUUUAUUAUAUCAUUAAAUCACCACAAGCAUAUCGAAUAGAUAGUUUCUUAUAUUUGGAUUCAUUCUUUUGCAAAAAAUGAUGGAUGAUGCAUCAUCAUCAAAAUCUGACGGGGAAGAAGAGUGGAUGGACCUCAGCAAAUCAGACUAUGCCAAAGUUAUAUUCUCCAAUCUCUACUGGAAUUCCUUGUCGGGAGAUGUCGGCUGCCUCUUCUCCCUGACCCAGACUGUGAGCAAAAAUCCAUCCGAUUAUAUCGGCAUCUAUAAAGUGGGUUACGAUAACUUAUCCCAGUGCCUUGCCAUGAAGAAGUUGAGUGAAUUUGCAUAUGACACAAAACCAAUACAUUGUGGCUUUAAAGCUGAAGAACUGCCUGAAUUGAAUGGUUUUUAUCAAUUUUUAUACGUCACCCACGAGAAGGAAGUGUGUGGUGCCAGCAUGCCUUUUGAAGUGAAGCAGAAGAAAGAGGACGAUGAGGUCGUCACCGAACGGAUCGAGAAUGACUUUCUGAUAGUGCGUUACGGGUUGGAGCAAAAAAAUCAAAAGCUAAAUACUCUGUUAAAGACAUAUGAGGCAGAAAAUGUAGUACUAGUGGCCAAAAUAAGGGAACUGAGGGGUGAAAAGGGUGCUUUAACUCAAAAGCUGGAAGAAACUGAACCACUCCUGAAUUCUGCAACGCAGGAAUUAGAACAGUUGAAAGACGAACAUUUGGCUUUGGCCAAAGAACUGGAAUUUACGAGAGAUAAGGAAGCAAAGAUUUUAAGUAUUCUUGAUGCUACUGAAAAGGACUUUGAUCGAGAGGUGAAGAAGGCAGAGGUACUGUUGCAGCUUAAGAGAGAUGUAGAAUCCAUGUAUGAAAAUGCUGUGGCUGAGAAUAAGGCCAUUUCUUUGGAAUUCGAAGAGAAGGUGAAGGAAAAGGAAGUUUUAAUUGCUGAAUCAAAUAAAAUAAUUGAAGAAUUAAGUGAAGAGGUCAAAUUCAAGCAAAUAUUUAUUGAGAAGAUCAUACAAGAAAGUUUUGACUUGACUAAAGCUCGGGAUGUGACUCUCGAGGAAUAUAAGAAAAGAGUCGAUCAGCUCACUCUUCAAGUAGAAAAGUUGACAUUAGAACGAGCGUCAAAAGAAAAAUUGCUAAAGGACCAGUGGAGCAGAGAUAAAGAAGAGAAAUACAACUUAAUGGAAAUUGAUUUACAGAAUGCUCUCUCUCAAAAGCAUGCUUUAGAAAAAGAGGCAACACAAUUAAGGAAAUAUUUAAAAAAUCCUGAAGAAUACAUGAGACAACCCACUCUAAUGUUUAAUCAUAUGAUGCCAGCAGGUGAGAAGGUAACUGAUGAAUAUUUAAUGGAGCAACUUAACGAUGCAAAAUUUAUGAUUAAAGCUCUUGAAGAUAGUAAGCAACUUGCAAUGAAAGAAAUGCACGAGUUGUCUGAAAAGUUAAAAAAGACUAAAGAGGAAUUGAGCCAAAUGAGAUGUGAAAAUAUGGCUUUGAAAAUUUUCUUAGAAGAGAAAUCAAGCUCUGUUGUAUAA